AUGAGCGCUAGAAGCAUAAGCUCGAGCCCUCAGCCGUCUUGGCCAUCGUCACUAGGCGAUGUUGGCGAAUACCGCGACACACCCGAAGCCACUACAUCUUCAGAACCCGAUGACACUCCACCGUUGCAUGCGGUCAACGUCGCACCGCGGUGGAACGAGUCAAAAACAACAAUCUGGAAGGUCACUGCCACGUUCUGGUGUGCCUUUGUGAUGGGGUCCAAUGACGCAGCAUAUGGAGCCAUUAUUCCCUAUCUGGAGCUUUACUAUCACAAAAACUAUACGAUCGUUUCCCUCGUGUUCCUCUCGCCAUUUGUGGGGUAUAGCGUAUCGGCGAUCCUGAGCAAUUCAGUCCAUCAGAAUCUCGGCAGACGCGGGAUCACAUUGAUUGCUCCCACCUGUCAUGUGCUGGCCUUUGCAGUUAUAUCCACACACCCACCGUUCCCGGUGUUGGUGAUUAUGUAUAUGCUGGUUGGCUUGGGAAGCGGGUUUCACAAUGCAGCAUGGAAUGUGUGGAUCGGCAACAUGGCCAACUCACAUGAAGUCCUCGGUUUCUUCCAUGGAUUCUAUGGAAUUGGGGCCACAGUAAGUCCUCUAAUUGCUACAACGCUGAUUACGAAAGCUGGAUGGGAAUGGUACUCCUACUAUUAUCUGAUGACUGGAGGAGCCAUUAUUUCACUUCUUUACGCUAGUAGCGCCUUCUGGGCGGAAACCGGGAGGAAAUACCAACGAGAGAAUCCCAGUCUUGCAGGGAGAGGCGGGGCUUUCUCGCAAACACGCCUUGCUCUCACAUAUAAAGUCACCUGGAUAUGUGCGAUCUUUCUCUUCCUUUAUGGUGGCAUUGAAGUAGCAAUCGGUGGCUGGAUUGUUGUAUUUAUGACGAAUGUGCGACACGGCGGUCCAUUCGAGUCCGGAAUGGCAGAGACAGGGUUCUGGCUCGGUAUCACUGUCGGUCGAUUUGUGCUAGGGUUCGUCUCACCACGAAUUGGAGAGAAGCUAUCUAUUGCGGUUUACAUUGUGCUUGCCAUUAUUCUCGAGCUUGUCUUCUGGCUGGUGCCUGAGUUUAUUGUGUCCGCGGUUGCUGUUGCAUUUGUUGGCUUCUUCAUGGGGACUAUCUUCCCGGGAGUCGUGAUUGUGGCAACACGUCUGCUACCGAAGAACCUCCACGUUGCUGCCAUUGGGUUUGCGGCUGCCUUUUCUAUGGGCGGCGGUGCUGUUUUCCCGUUCAUGAUUGGCGCCAUCGCUCAGGCUAAGGGAGUGACAGUACUGCAGCCGAUCUUGCUUGCUAUGCUGGCUGUCUCAUUGGGGAUUUGGUCAACGCUGUUUCGUCUCCCGCAGAACGAGCUAUCCCAUCAAGUGUGA